AUGGCCCAAACCCUCGAGCAGCGAAGGCGAAACGCUAAAUUCACUAAAGACCAGGACGCCCGUCGCGGCAAGUCGGAGACCGAUAUUAAGAAGCACACCAAGGGCGUGCAAAAGUCGCCUGUUUCUCCCUUCUGGCUCGGUAUCCUCGGCUUCAUCGUCUUCGGCGGUCUCAUAUUCGAGCUCAUCUCGCGCAUCUUCUUCCGAUAA